AUGAGGAGAAGUUUUCACAUCGUCCACAUUUGUACUGAAAUGGAUCCCGUCAUCUCUGUUGGAUCUUUGGCAUCAUAUGUUACAGGGCUAUCUUCUGCACUGCAAAGAAAGGGUCACUUGGUGGAGAUUAUUUUACCAAAACUAAUGGACAUUCUGAAUAGGUAUGCAAGCCUAGAUCUAGAUCAAGUUCAAGGGUUGAGAGAAAUUGAAGCAGAUUCCUAUUCAUAUUUUAAUGGCCAAUUGCAUGUAAACAGAAUCUGGUUGGGUGUUGUUUAUGGCAUUGGAGUCACUUUUAUACAACCUGUUCAUUAUGCAUCGCUCUUCAGCCAAGAGAGAGUAUAUGGCUACUCAAAUGACUUUGAACGAGCUGAUGCUGAAGGCACUGGAAGAUUCUCUUAUUUCUCCAGAGCUGCAAUGGAUUAUAUAGUAAAAUCAGGGAAGCAGCCGGAUGUGUUGCACAUUCAUAACUGGCAAACUGCUAUUAUUGGACCACUUUUCUGGGAUGUAUUUGUCAAACAGAUAGCAAAAUUUUCAGAGAAUUUUAGGGACUCCUUUAUCAAUUCUAUCAACUUACGGGUGUUCGGAUGGCAUGAUAAGUUUGGCCCCUGCUUCCCCGUUCUCCUCCUUCACAGCUGCAGUGUUGGGCAACUGCGACUCCCGUUCUCCUCCCAUUUCUCCUCUCGUUCUCCUCCUCCGACGAUGCAGAGGAAGGGUCAGAGGGAGUUGGCGACGAGUGCUGAGCCCAAAUCGGGGGCCCCACGAGCGCUGAGUAAUCCGACGUGGGCGGAGGCGAAGCAAAGGGAGGAAGGGUCAAAGGGAAUUGGCGCGGCCGGGGGGGGAGGUGGAGGAGGAGAUGGGCAGAGGCAAAGGGAGGAAGGGUCAGAGGGAAUCGGCGCGGCUGGUGGGGGUGAGGUGGAGGGAGACGGUGGAGGAGGAGAUGGGCGGAGGCGAAGCAGAGGGAGGAAGCUCUAUGGAUUGGGAGGUACUAGGAUAUUGCUGACAUGUCAUAGUUUUGAUGCUCAGGCAAGUUGCUUAGUACUGGUGUUGUCUUGUCUGGAGCAACCUGAUAAGCUAUCACUGUGUGGACUUGAUCCUUCUAGACUACACCGUCCUGAUCGAUUUCAAGAUAACAGUAACACACAUCUUGUCAAUAUUUUGAAGGGUGGAAUUGUUUACUCCAACAAAGUUAUUAUAAUGUCAUCCUUGCAUUCAAAAGAUAGGAUUAUUCCCAUGGAUGGAAGCUACUUUAGCUAUUCACAAGGACAAGUUACAGGUUGCUCCUAUGGAUUUAACAACUUCGCCUGGAAUCCUUCCUCAGACCACUUUCUUCCACAGAACUAUAGUGCAGAUGACAUGAAAGGGAAAUCUGUUUGCAAAGUCACACUGCAGCAACAUUUAGAUUUAUCUGAAAAUGCUUCUUUGGUUCUUGGAGAGAACCUUAUUUUCUCGUUGAAAGAGGACUUCAGGCUUGUCAUUUGGGAAAAUGAGACUCUUCUGCUCCAUAUAAAAGAAAUUGGGAAUGAUGUCACAAUCAAUCACUGUCCCAGAAAUCUUAAAGAAUUGUACAAUUACAUAGGUUGGCUGCAUCUUGUCAACAGUGUCAGAUGCUGA